AUUCAACAUACCAACUUGAAAAUUCAACAUACUAACUUGAAAAUUCAACAUACUAGCUUGAAAAUUCAACAUACUAGCUUGAAAAUUCAAGAUACUAACUUGAAAAUUCAAGUUACUAACUUGAAAAUUGAAGUUACUAACUUGAAAAUUCAACAUACUAACUUUAAAAUUGAACAUACUAACUUGAAAAUUCAACAUACUAACUUGAAAAUUCAACAUACUAGCUUGAAAAUUCAAGAUACUAACUUGAAAAUUCAACAUACUAACUUUAAAAUUGAACAUACUAACUUGAAAAUUCAACAUACUAGCUUGAAAAUUCAACAUACUAACUUGGAAAUUCAAGAUACUCACUUGAAAAUUCAAGACAAAUUCCCAUCAUUUUUGGACCGUUUCAUGGAAAUCCUGACCAGCCAGGUCCUGAACAAAGAAAAUUCAACCCAGGACAGAAUUGAGGAAACAUCUGCUAAACUAAUUACACCCCCUAGGAAGCAGAAUAUUAGUAACUUGAAAAUUCGAGAUACUAACUUGAAAAUUCAAGAUACAAACUUGAAAAUUCAACAUACUAACUUGAAAAUUCAAGUUACUAACUUGAAAAUUCAACAUACUAGCUUAAAAAUUCAAGAUAGUAGCUUGAAAAUUCAACAUACUAACUUGAAAAUUCAAGUUACUAACUUAAAAAUUAAAAAAAAAAUUGAAUGGCCCUAA